GGCCAUGAGCGACCGGGCGGCCGCUUGCAGGGACCCGCGCGCAGCCCUUCCAGCAGCCCUCGCCGCCGGCGCCCCCUCCGUCGCCCCCAGCCCCGUUGCCGGCGCCUGCUGCCGGGCCGGGCGGAGCAUGCCGGCGAGGCCCAAGCCCAAGCCCAGGACGCGGCGCCGGGGCCGGAGAGCCCGCUCGGGCCAACCGCAGCCGAGGCGGCCGGAGGGACCCUAUUCAUUCCGGCCAGCUGCUUCCACUUUGGACAACUUGACCCCCAGCGGCAGAGAACACCUUCUCCUCCUUGAGUUUCUCACCCUCCAAAACCAUGAGAGCUCCAGGCCAGCUGCCCUUCCUUGGCCUCUGACGCGAUGGAAGACUGCCCAGGCUGGUCUACGAUAUAGAAUGGUAGCACGUAGCAGCGUGAGGCUGGAGAAUGCCAGAACAACAGAGCUGCGGCAUCGGCUGGAGCCACCCGUGCGGGACCCUUCCCUGCCCCGUGUCCCCCGUGGUUUGGCCAGCCCUGACACUCAUUUCCACACCUUCCGCUCCCAGGCGGACUUUAGCAGCAUCAUCCACACCAGCGCCAUGCUGGAGGCAUGUGGUUUUUACUGGGGGCCGUUGUCCGUCAGUGCCGCCCACGAGAAGCUCCGCGGGGAGUCGGUGGGCACCUUUCUCAUCCGGGACAGCAGGCAGAAGAACUGUUUCUUCACCAUUAGCGUUAAGACGGCCUCCGGGCCCACCAGCAUCCGGGUCAUCUUCCAGGAGGGCCGCUUCAGUUUGGACGGGAGCAGAGAGGAUUUCGCCUGUCUCUUCAAGCUGCUGGAACAUUACGUCAGCUCUUCGCGGAAAGUCCUGGUUGCCCCUUUGCGCAAGGUGCGCCUGCGCUCCUUGCAGGACCUGUGCCGCAAAAGCAUCAUGACGGUGCUUAGGGAGGAGAACCUCAGCCGCGUCCCGCUCAAUCCGGUUUUAAAGGAUUACUUGGCCUCUUUUCCAUUUAAGUUGUAAGAACUCUGCAUUAAAUCUCCUUGAAUGAAUUAGAAGGGCCAGUGGAACCUCCAGCCACUGGAGCAUGGCAUUCUCCUCCCAUGUGUGGCAACAAACAGCAAGCGCCAUGUGGGAGAGAGCCAUUAGUGCACUGAAAGCGUGGUCUGAGGGGCUGUGGAAAACGCUGGGUGCUUGGAAAGGUCUUCCAUGUGAGUGAGCAGUUCACCGUGUCUGGACUUGGCAGGGACCUCUGGGCAACGAGCCCACCUGUUUUCGUAGCAGUUCCGCUGUUUUGGGUGAUGGAUCUUGAACACUUGACUUUUUCUUGUUUACAUAAAUGGGGGAAAAAAAACUCUUUGCACAAUCUGGGGUUUUUGAAAACCCUGGGGAGUAACUUUCUGCUGGGCAGAAUUUUUUGUAACUUUAUAUAUAAAUAUAUAUAUAUAUAUAAUAUUUUUGAAAAAUAAUAAUAAACUUUGUUGUAAAAGCUUUUUUUUU